AUGGAUUCCAAAUUCCUUCCUUUCGUCCUCCUCUUCCUCCUCCUCCUCCUUUCUUUCUCCAUAAUCUCCGCCGCCAUUCCGGUUCCUGAAGCAGUAAUUUUCGGGCAACACCUCACCUCCGAACCCACCACCACUAACGACUUCCCACCCUCCACUUUCUCUGAAGUAAUGAAACCAAUCCAACUCCCAAACACAAAAGCCUGCUCAACUCUUCUUCUACAACAUGAUUUCGGAAACAGUUAUGGCAGCCCACCAGCUUCCGUCCAAUAUACCCGACCCUCAAAUUGCUCAUCAACCGAUUUUACUAAAAUUGUUCUCGAGUGGAAUGCUACAUGUAAAGGUCGUCAACUCAGUAGGAUUAUUGGGAUUUGGCUAAGCGGUGCUGAGCUGUUCAGAAGCUACACAGCUCAACCUAGAGCCAGAGGGAUUGUUUGGACUGUGAAGAAGGACAUUACUAGGUAUUAUUCAUUGCUUAUGUCCAAUAAAACACAAACCCUCGCUGUUUAUUUGGGAAAUAAGGUUGAUAAUCAUACAAAUGGUGUAUACCAUGUGAAUGUUAGUAUUCAUUAUUAUCCCCCUGAGAAGAAAACCAAAACCAACACGAAAACGACAACUCUACAUGUUAAUUCAGAUCAUGUGUUUAAGGAAUGGGCUGAUUUGAUUAUACCCAUUUCACAAAACUUACCACCAUUGAACGAUGCAUUAUGGCUCAAAAUCUAUUAUUCAAAUGAUGUAAAGACAAAACAAUUUGCGAUUCCCCCAAAUGUAUAUAGGGUUGUUCUUGAAGUGUAUGUUUCAGUUGAUGAAGCCGAUCAGUUGUGGCCUAAAAACUUCCCUAAUGACUAUCUUUCUGCUAAUAAUUUAACUGGGUACCCUGGUAAUGGACCUUUUAGGGAGGUUGUUGUAAGUUUAGAUGGAAAAAUAGUAGGUGCAGUUUGGCCUUUUACUAUAGUUUCCACAGGAGCUAUUAAUCCGUUCUUAUGGAGACCCAUUAGUGGGAUUCGAGCAUUUGAUCUCCCUUCAUAUGAUAUUGAAAUCACUCCGCUUCUUGGAUCGCUUUUAAAUGGAAAACUCCAUGAUAUUGCAUUCAGUGUUACAAAUGCUUUCAAUGUUUGGUUAAUUGAUGCAAAUUUACAUGUAUGGUUGGAUGCAAAGAGUGAAAAGACAAAAGGGAUGCUUUUGAAUCAAACCAUCUCUCCACUUCAUAAUUCUGUCAAUUCCAAUUUCACGGGUUUUGUUGGGACAUUCGUUACUAGUGUCCAGAGGUCAAUAAAGUCAACCGGAUGGGUAGAAACGUCAUUUGGGAAAGUAGUAACCGAGUCAACUCAGGAUUUCAAUUUGAGUAACAUCAUGGUGAUGGGGCAUGAGGGGGGUGCACAAACUGUGAACCAACAAUUGAGUUUAACGACAGUGUGGAUUCCAAGAUGCAGUGGACAAUGA